UAAAGCCUUCCGUCCGACGGUCCCACACACGACUUGGGCGCCAGAUUGAUUUUAUGAAUGCGAAUCGUAAGGGGUGGAAUCUGAUUGUCAACAGUCUGGCACACCCAUCGCGUCUAAUACUAUUUAUUUGUAGGAAACAUAAUCACAUGCGGGGGGGUUUCUUUUUUACCGAAAAUGUUGAAAGUGUAAAGUUUUGAAAAUCAAAUACGAUCUGAUCCCGGAAAUUAGCGAUUGCUUCAAGUGCUCGUUAACAAUUGUCCGCACAAAGUCUUUUUAAGUGUUUCUAGUGUUCUGCAUCCGGAUUAUAAUCUCUGACCUUAAAAUUUCCAUUUGAAAAUAAUGCUCCUUGUUGAAAGAAAUAUUCAAAUUUCGGUAUUAACUUUUUAUAUCGAUUCUGAAAUUCGACAAUUUUUUUAAGAUAUGAAGUUGAUCAUGAGCAGCAGAUGACUGUUGGCCGAGCUAGUGCUCAGUUGACUUUAAUAUGAGCAAAGUAAUAGCGGUAUCACCAGUGUCCGAUGCUGGACAAACUCGUCAAGAAAAUUUGACACAUAUCAAAAGGAACAAAUUAGCCAACUGCAAUGUUCCCCUUGUACAUGGGAGGCCAAAUCCUCCGGUCAACAUCCGGAACAGGCUAACAACACACCAACGAAACCAUAGUUUGGAUUUUAGAUCCAUGGGAAUUUUGUUGCCACCGGUGCCGCAGACGAACGUCACCCUGACUCUUCAUCACAGGAACCGGAGUCUGGACUCGGCUCUACAACGAAUACCGGAAGUGGACGUGACACCGAGUCCCGAAUGCGAGACGAGUCCGACGCCCGCGACGAAAGCCGUGUCGGCCGGCAAGUCGCGUUGCCGAGAGCGAGAGGACCUCGCGAGUCUCGGCUCCGACGAUUCGGGAAUUCUCUGCGGCUCGGACAGUGGCUCGAGUGACACGGCGAACGCCACCACCAGGGAGUCGAGUGUCGAUCAUCUCCACAGUCGCGAGAGUCUCGACUCGUCGUUGUCGCAGGGCGGCGACCUCGACGGCGUGGAUGCGGUCGACGGCGACGGGAGUGUCAUGUCCGCGUCGCCCGUCGACAUUCAACUCAGCGACGCUCUUCUGAUGAAGGGCCUCAGCAGGAACGGUGACUGUGAUCCUCCCAAUCAGUCGUUAGCGAGCAGUGAUUGUGUUUUGGCCAAAGAGUUGUCGUCGUUGUCGUCGCUGUCGUUGUCAUUGCCGAAUGGCAAUUGUUCACCCAAAGAACUGCAAAAUUGUUAUUACAUUGCCAAAGAACUGCUGCGCGACAGUCAGACUGAGAGCAUGGACUUUCAAGUUCAACGCGCGAGUGUCACGCAAAAUGAAUUGGCCGGGGCUGCGAUGACAUUGUGCUGUGGUACCGGCGAACCGGAAGAGGAACUGGUCCAGCAGCAGCCGCAGGUUCAGAGGCAGGAAACGGCGCAGCCGAAACCAUCCGAGGGCUGUUUACUUAGGUUAUUCGAGAGCCAAGUCUUCGACAUGUCCAUGGCAAUUUCUUACCUCUUCAACUCGAAGGAACCUGGAGUUCAAAGUUAUUUAGGUAACAAGUUGUUUAGUUUCCCAGACAAUGAUGUGGAUUUCUACUUGCCGCAACUGGUUUUAAUGUACAUACAGUUAUAUGAUGUUACCGAAGUCCUUUAUCCAUAUCUCGUCCAUAGGUGUAGACAGUCGGCAGAUUUUUCUUUAAAAUGUGCCUGGUUAUUGGAUGCGUACAGUUCCGAUGCUCAUCUACCAUCAAAAAAGAAGUCUCACGGGACCAAGCUCAAAAAUCUCAUUCUGUCAGAUGAAUUAAGGCCAAAGGGAAACGCGGGUUGGCGAAAACAUCGCGCAUCGGGUUUGCAGGUUCCCCCGCCACCACCUCUGCCUUCUGCUCAAUGCGUUACAUCUCCUAACAAAAAAACCCACCAAAGAUCUCAGUCUGACGCCACUGGACUCUUUCAAUCUCUUCGUCGUAGCCAUUCCGGAUUAAUAAAUAAAGUAAGCCUGGGCGAUCUUAGUUCUGGCCGGGCUUUCGAUAAUGGAUGUACCUGUUUUGAUUCCUGCCAAGGAAUUGUAAAUGACUUACGAGGACAGAAGACUGACUGCUUCUGUAAUGCACCCCGACUGGCUCCUGAGUUGGAGUUCAUUCAGGCAUUAAUCUCAAUUGGAAAGCUACUUGGAACCAUUCCCACGAAGGAGAGCAAAACAGUUCAACUUGUAGCAGAACUAAAUACUCUCAAUCUGAAUCUCCCGGCUAGAGUUUGGCUUCCUUUGCACAGUACAGUGCCCCAUCAUAUUGUUCGAGUUCCUCCACAAUAUGCGGCCGUUCUCAACAGUAAAGAUAAAGCUCCUUAUAUAAUCUAUGUCGAGGUCCUUGAGGUUGAGGAUCUUUACACUUCGCCAGUGCCAACUAAAAUUAUGGGUAGUUCCUUACGACACACCAAGUCCGAGGAAAACUUGACGGGUGGAGAGCAGUCCAACCUUCCAAAUAUGGCGAGCCAGCACACCACACCCUCGCCCAUCGCGAGACAAACUCCUGUCAAGGGCUCCUCCUCGAGCUGUUUAAAAAGUUCCGAUAUCGCAUUUCAUUUUCACGAUGACGAUCCUAAUGACUGCUGGAGUCAGGAAGAUGACGAAAUCACGCAACAGUAUUUACAGUUAUACAAACCAAGGGACAGAGAUACGAUUUCGCAGUUGAGUCAGGAGUCCUCGGACAGUCGGGAGCCAAUAUUUAUUCCAGGUGACAUUAAGCGACGACUAAGUGAAAUGGCCGCGACUCCAAAGACGACAUUCAAUCACGACCCGGAGGAUCCUUCGGCGGCGGUUCUCAAAGAACCCUGGGAACUGAAGCAGAAACGCAUAAGGGCCUCGAGUCCUUAUGGGCAUUUAGCUUCCUGGCGACUGCUGGCAGUCAUUGUUAAAUGUGGCGAUGAUCUCAGGCAGGAACUUCUCGCAUCUCAGCUUCUUUCGAUGCUGCAGAAAACCUGGCAGGAUGAAGACGUUCCUCUUUGGCUUCAACCAUACAAAAUUUUGUGUCUUUCGAAUGACAGUGGAUUAAUCGAGCCAAUUCUCAAUACGGUGUCGUUGCAUCAAGUGAAGAAACAUUGUCAAUUGACAUUAUUACAAUAUUUCGAGCGUGAAUUCGGUCCAGUGGAUUCGGAGGGUUUUCGUAUUGCUCAAAAGAACUUUGUCGAAAGUUGUGCGGCUUAUUGUCUCGUUUGUUAUUUAAUUCAAGUGAAGGAUCGACACAAUGGCAAUAUUUUGCUUCACACAGAUGGACAUUUAAUGCACAUUGAUUUUGGUUUUAUUCUUUCAACGUCGCCGCGAAAUCUUGGAUUUGAAACGAGUCCAUUUAAAUUGACUCCUGAAUUCGUCGAGGUAAUGGGUGGCAAUAAUUCCCAAAUGUUCCAAGAAUUCAAGUCACUCAUUCUUCAAGGUCUCAUUGCUGCACGAAAACACAUGGAUAAAAUUGUCAAUCUUGUGGAAAUCAUGCUCUCAGGGUCUCAGCUCCCGUGUUUUCGUAGCGGUGGCGCAGCGACAAUUCAGGGUUUAAAAAAUAGAUUCCAUCUGACCUUAACAGAGGAUCAACUGCGUCGACACGUGGAGGAUUUAGUCGAAGGCAGCAUUCAUUCCUGGUCCACGAAGCUCUACGAUCGAUACCAGUAUUUCGCAAACGGUACACUAUAAUCGAAAUUUCAUCUUUUUUUUUAGAUAGAAGUUAAUUCGUAUGAAAAAAAGAACAAUUUUCACUUUCAAAUCCCUUUUUUUGCAUAAAAGGAAAAACUACACUAAAUUCAAUAAACGUCCCUUCCGUGCUUUUGAAAUACACUUCAUAGCAUUCCAAACAAAGUAAAAAUAAAAAAAAAAUAUGCAAAAUUCGAAAAAUAAGUACACUUUUCGAGUUUAAAAAUUUAAUUCAAAUCCUCUUAAUUAAUUAAGGACAAAUUAAUAAUGAAUAGAACGAAUGUGUUCAUAUCGAAAUGAUUAUUAUCUUUUCAUCGAUUAAACUAUAGAAAAUAUUCUAAUCUCAAUCGAUGAGAAUUUUUUUGUUAAUCAAUUCUCAAUUGAUAGAUAUAAAUUUUAAUCUAGUAAAAAAAUAGCUCGAUAUUUAAACGACAUGUGACGUUUAAGAGCCUCUCUUGUUUCACUUUUACAUAGUCAUAUGUAAUUUCUCGUGUGUUUGUGUCUGCGCGCGUGUGUGUGUGUGUGUGUGUGGAAAGAGAAAAAGAAAAAAUCUUAUAUAAAUUAUCGAAGCGUUUUAACGCGGACUGAAUAUAUUGGAUUGCUAUGUCGUUGUAGUUUCUAAUAUAUAAUUCGUUAAAGGUGCCUUAUUUAUGUAGAAAAAAACGGCAAAAAAAAGAAGAAGAUGAAGAAAAAGUGAAAUCAAAUAUGCGUUUGGUCGCAUUAUGAAAAAGAAAAAAAUUCUGUCGACGUUCCGAGCAGGACAAUCUUGUUAAAAAUUUGUACAUAUAAACUGCGCGCAACAGAGAAACGAAUUUUCCCUUCGUUUAUAAUUAGAUAGAUUUCUGUUAAUUAUACAAAUCGAAGAUGGGUUUUUUUUAAUAUAUAGAAAAUCAAAGUGAAGAACGGUUUGGAAAAAGAGUUUUUUAGAAAAAAUGUUUUAUUUUCAAAUAUAGAAAUAAUUUUAGAAAUAUCAAUAUGAUGUUUUCUUCUAAAGUUUGUUUUUAAAAAUUUUACUAUAAGUUUUAAAAAAAUUGAUUCUAAAUCAAUUUCUAAAAUUUGAAAUUUUAUCCUUUAUUUUUAAUUUCAUUUUCCAAUUUCUUUUUUCCAAGUUCAGUACUUUCCUGACUUUUUAAUUUUUUGUUUAUUAUAUUUUCACAAACCGUUUUUUAAUUUGAAUUUAUUAAAAAAAAACUUUAAGCUAAUAGAGUCCGAAGGAUAGAAUUUGCGGAUUCGUGGAAAAAGGAGCCGAAUACUCAAAAUAUUUCCUGAUUUUUAUAUAUAUAUAUAUAAGUAUAAUUAUUAUACUAUAUGUAUAUAAAUUUCGUAUAUUAAUCGUGGGAGUGUAUUCGAGAAAUUUGAAAAUUUCUUUUAAGAGACAAGGAAAGACGAUUUUUUUUCUAGCGAACUUUAGAGAAGUUUUGAAAAUGAGCGAUGCGCAUCUGCGAGAAUAAGAGAAUUUUAUUAUUUCACAUACAUUAUUCUUUUGUAUAUUUUGUUUUACAUUUCUUUUUAAAUAUUUUUAUUUUUUUCAAUAAUAUACAUAUUAUUAUUAUUAUUAUUAUUAUUAUUAUUA